AACCUCGUUCCUUUAUCUACCCGGUGAACGUGGUAGGAGGAUUACCUUGUCGUAUGGCGAAGAAAAAUAAUUAAAAUGACCGCCAAAUUUGUUUCACCCGUUAUACAAGAUAACCCAAGUGGAUGGGGACCUUGCGAUGUCCCUGCCCAAUUCAAGGAUAUGCCAUAUCAGCCAUUCUCGAAAGGAGAUAGGCUGGGAAAGGUGUCAGAUUGGACAGGAGCAACCUAUCAGGAUCGACGUUAUGCUAUCAAAUACCAGUCCACAUUCGGUAGUAUGCAACAGUAUGCUUACUACCACGAGGAAGAUGAGUCUACUUUCCAACAAGUUUACAAGACAAAUGUUCCCAAGCCAUUAUACCAGCGUGGUCGUUACAUGCGCAACCAGCGUAACCUAAAGAAUCAGCGGAACCAAAAGGGUCAGCAGAUGCAGGUUCUCGGCAAGGGCAACAAGAGAGACAACUGGCAGAAGCAGCAGUACCAGCGUAAUCGGUGGAAUCGUAGUGGUCACCCUCCUAUUAAGAAUCGUGAUGCAUCAGUCACAGUCAGGCCAGAAUGGAAGGUUAUUGAGGAGAUGGACUUCCCUCGUCUUGCCAAGCUGUCUCUACCUACUGUGGAGGAUCCCAAAGAUUUGUAUCUUUGUGGCUCUCUAGAAUUUUAUGACAAAGCUUAUGACCGAGUUACUGUCAAGAAUGAAAAGAAACUAACUCGUAUCAAUCGAAUUUUCCACAAGGUCACUACCACUGAUGAUCCCAUCAUUAGACAGCUGACCAAGAGUGAUGGAAGUAAUGUGUAUGCUACUGAUGCCAUUCUGUCCACCAUCAUGUGCUGCACUCGGUCCAGCAAUUCAUGGGAUGUCGUCGUCCAGAAAAUCGCUGGAAAACUCUUCUUUGAUAAGAGAGAUGAUUCUGAAUUUGAUUUGUUGACAGUUAGCGAGACAUCGAGUGAACCACCUCAAGAAGAGGGCAACUCCCUCAACUCUCCCAGGAAUCUCUCCCUUGAAGCUACAUUCAUCAACCAUAAUUUCUCUCAGCAAGUUUUGAAAAAUGAUGGUAACCGUCACAAGUUUGAACAUGAAAAUCCAUUCUUGGAUGAAGAUGAAGAUGAUGAGGUUGCCCCUGUUGGGUAUCGGUAUCGUAAGUGGUCUCUAGGCAAUGACAUCCACCUUGUUGCUCGCACAGAGCACGAUUCUGUCCAGUCUGCUCCAAACAAUGAAAUUCACUUCAUUAAUAUCAAGGCACUUAAUGAAUGGGAUUCAAAGUAUUCUGGAGGAGUUGACUGGCGCCAGAAGCUAGACACACAGAGGGGUGCUGUUUUGGCCAAUGAACUGAAAAACAAUGCUUGUAAGCUAGCCAAGUGGACUGUACAGGCCAUUUUGGCUGGUUCUGACCAAAUUAAAUUUGGCUAUGUCUCACGUAUGAAUGUCCGUGAUUCCACAAAGCACAUGAUUCUUGGAACUCAACAGUUUAAACCAAUGGAGUUUGCCAACCAGAUUAAUUUAAGCAUGGAUAAUGCUUGGGGAAUAUUGAGAUGCAUCAUAGACAUUUGUAUGAAGCUUCCAGAUGGCAAGUACCUCAUCAUGAAAGAUCCAAAUAAGGCAAUGAUUCGUCUGUAUGACAUCCCAGAUAACACCUUUGAAUCUGAGGAUGAAGACAAUGAGAAGCAAGGGGACGGUGAGGGUAAGCAAGCCUCUUGAAAGAAAACGCUUAUUUUUAUAAGAGUUUUAGCUAUGUGAAGAGUGAGAGCAUUGCCCUCGGUGAUGACAAUCGCCCAGUAGCAGUUCCUGAGGUUGUCCCCUUUGCUUCGAUCAGAAUACUAUAAAUAUCAUCUGUUGAACGGCCUUUUCUCCUUACUGAUUAUGACAUUGGUUUUAUAACAGGUGCUUGACUUUAUUUUUGAUUGUACUAUAUUUCACAAAAUGCUGAUGAUUUUUCAUUAAAGGAGCUGUUGUUGAGU